CUGAUCCUAACCAUUGUCGUUCAACAUAGUUCUGGUUAUUUCAACUCGAGCUCGUCCGUUAAUUCCUCGAUUUCUUUUUACAACAGACGAUCCAACACAAACAAAGUCCCUAAACUAUCCACCACCAGUCGUCGUCGUCGUGGAGCUUUUGGUCGCGCUCGCCAUUGGGCUAAACGGCGUAAUUUAAAGAAGAACAAUGUUGUUAAUGAUGUGAUCGAUGCUGCUGCAGCAACGAAACAACAUGAAAACUUAGAAAGAUCGCCGUCCGCAGAAAAGACGCCCCAACUGAAAACGGAUCACCACUCUCCAUGUCCUAUGUUUACCAAUUACAACUACGAUCAAGGGGAUUCCGGUUCCGACCGCACUCCUCCUGCAACAUCUCCUUUAGCUGCGCUUAGAAUGCACAAAAAUGACGAUACGAACAAUCCUGUUGACGACGAAUCGUUCGCUCCGACCGUCGAACACGUACACGAUGAUGUGAAGACUGAAGAAGUUCUCAGGGAUCAAUCUACUGGCGGUGAUGAUUUCAGUCUUGCCGAUUCACCACUUCCCGUCGAACCCGAAUCCCCUCGAAUAGUGAAAAAUAACUCACCACCUGCUUCCGUCCCAUCACCAACACGCCCGUCUUCUCCAGUUGUUGCUGUGGCAGAGGAGCAGGUAGUGGAGCGCAUGAAUGCUGCACCUGUUUCAUUACCUAGUCCCGUCCGAGAUCGUUUGCGAAGCCAAAGGAAGGGGCGAGGGCGUCGCACAUUGGCUGCCAGAACGUCCAUCAUCAGCAGCCUGUUUCAGAAUCCACUGCGGAAAAAUGCAGUUGUGAAAGUAAGCGCAUUACGUCCACAUCAUUUGUAG